CACCUUCCUCCGACCAAAUGUCCGGGCCAGGCUAGUACGUCUAAUAUGACAAAAACCAACACUUAAAAUGUGUCGUAAGUUGGACCACUUAUCUACGAGUUGCGACCGGGAAUCCGCACAUAACCCAAAAGAAAUGAGUUCCACAAAAUGCUCUCCCAAACGCAAUUUGACCAGUUGGCUUCAUCAAAUUCUUUGGCUUCAGCUAUUCUUCUGAGAGGUUGAGACAGCCGUGCAUCAAAUCAAACGACCGAUAGAAACAAAAGGUGAAGAAGGAACUAAAAUAGAGCGAUGGAAAUGCAGCAACCAUGGCGUCCCAGAUUGUCGUUCAAGAGCGCUACCAUAGUACUGACUGUGCUGAAUGUCGUCGCCAUCCUCUUCUUGCUUCAGGGCUUCCUCUCCAGUGCCUCAUCCCGCAACGGUGCUUCUUCAUCCCGCAACCAACUCAAUUCAGUUCAGUUGAAACAGAUCAAGGACUCUGAAGAGGCUCGCCUUGCCAUGCAACCUUGGGAGCUAAUCAAAAGAGUGAAGGAAAUUAAACAAGAAGCCUAUGCAGAACUCGAAACUGUUCAGCAAAAAGAGACCACAACACAAACAGCUGCUGUUGAUCUCUCAAAAAGACUAAAGGAUUCCCGCGCCCUCAAUGAUCCCGCCAGCUUCAAAGCUCUAGAAGAAUGGCGAAAGAGGAAGAUGGAGCGCGCAAGACAACGCGAAAUGGAGAAAAAUGGUACUGGGACCUCUCAAGCUUAGACUUACACUCAGUUUACAAAGCUGCAACCUCCUCAAUCUCAAACGCGAAAUGGAGAAAAAUGGUACUGGGACCUCUCAAGCUUAGACUUACACUCAGUUUACAAAGCUGCAACCUCCUCAAUCUCAAUCGACGCAACAUACCCAUCCCUUGAAGCUGCUCUGAAGAAGCUAUACAUGUAAAUGCCGAUAUAGUAUCACCACUUAUUGUUGUCUUGUAGAUGGAUCUCAAAGAGUAUAUCAACAGUAUCAAACUUGUCUUGAAACUAUAUGUAUGGCUUUUACCAAUCCAGUGAUUGAAAAGAAGUAAAACUCUCGUAAUGCCAUGGAUAAGAAUUUUACUAAGUUCAAACUUUACAUGUCCUUAAAAUGAACGCCCGAGACCAUUGAUCACACAACAGUGAAGUUUUCAGGACCAGAAAACGGCCAACAAGGUUGUUUGUCUUUGUAUAUGCAUGAUGUAUAAAGCUUGCUUCCCCAACUACAAAAAGAACUUCCAUCAUAUAUAUACAAGGCUUCUGGUACAGAAUUUGUUCAUACAUUUGCCGCGCUACAAGUAUACAAGAUCCUUGUGACAAGCUUCUAACUAGUGCAGUUCCAUCAGCAGCGGCAUGUCUUCUGACUUCAUCCAACAUUAGCAGAAGGCAGGCACAAUGUCAGUUUUCAAGAAUCCUGUCUCAGGCACCCGAAUUGCUUGACAAACAUUAGAACUUUUUACCCGUUUUGAACAAAAAUUACAGGGGAUGAAACCCUGCCUUUGGUUAAGAUAAUCCAGAACCACUUAGCUAUGAUAUAUCCGAGUGGAUGUAAGGGAAGUAGCAGCAUUCAAAGCAAAAUGAUUGAAGACCAGAAAAACUCAGGUUCUGGUACAAGAAACAGCAGUCCAACCAGUAACUCGGGCAGUUCCCCACCUGCAAAAGAGAUGCUGAACUGAGAAUCGACAUCUACAGGAAUUAGCACAGGAAUGAAAUCAAGUAAAAGCACAAGAAUGUAUCACUUCUGAAUACUAGCAGCAAUACAACGUGAGCAGGUAAUAUAGUCGAUGCUCCCUAUGGAAACAUGCAGCUCUUACUUUAGAAACCAGGAUAAAGUAGAAUUCCAAGAGCAUGACUGAAAAACUCUUAUAAAUUGUAUGCACAACAGAUAUUGUGAAGUUUCAUCAGGCUUGACCUUUACGCAGGACCUUAGUUUCAAGUGCCAACUACACUUUUCCCUCUAAUCAGAAGCCUGUGCUCAUCACAUCAUAUCUGAAAAUGUUAUCAGCAACCAAGUAUGACUACAUUGAAACAGAAACUUAAGUUGGCUAGUAUGCCAGCUCAAGCUAAGACUAGAAUAGAGGCCGAACAAAACCAGAAUCAAGUUCGACGGAAGGUUGUAAAAUUAUACUGAAAGCAGUGGGCUUAUAAGAGACAAGUAAGAAGUCCUAGUUUAGGAACUAAACUUCUACUUUGCGA